ACUGAGACAAGGUUGUUUUGGGCACUUCGUUGCUGUUGGAUUUGUUUUGAACUUAGCAGGGCCUUGCAGAGAAUUCGUAACUAAUAGAACUGUGUCUGCUGCAAUGAAUAAUUUCGUGCAGAGAUAAUCACAGAUCAUUCGUUCAAGGCUAUUCAUUUAUUAAAGGGACAUCGUGAACAGCAGAUCCAUGGAAAGUGACGCACCUGUCGAGCGGCCUGAAGUUGUCGAAGGAAAUAUGAGUUAUGACGAUGAAAACGAAGUAGAGCUAGAAGACAAUGUUGAUGUGGAAGAAGAAAAGCUGGAAGAAAAUGUUAAUUUGAAAGAUGAAGAAACUGACGCGAAUAGUUUUCGUCUAGAAGAAGAACAAGAGCUGACAGACGAAGAGAGGGUACUGCUUUACGAUAAAGGAAUGAGGUUUAAAAUGAAGCAGAGUUAUAAACAUGCUUUGUUGUGCUUUCUUGGGUGCAUCAAAGGAAUUCAGCAAGACAAUAAAUUUUCAUUUCUACCAAACUGUCUGCAAAACAUUGCAAGCAUAUAUGCAAAGUUUGAAGAUUUCCCCAAAGCCGUCCAAUUCAUGCAAGCAGCUAAGUUAUAUUACGAGACUGCCCUUAUUGGGACACAAGCAGAUGAGGAAGAGGAAAGCUACAAAACAAUGGAUGAUAAUGCUGUAGAAUCUGACGCCAAAAGAGCCAAUGAAUACGAGAAGCUGUCACAUGAUUGUUUGUUGGAAAAAAAUGUUCCUUUAGCUCUUGAAUAUUGUGGCAAGGCAACUCAGCUGAGACGAAAAGUGUAUGGUGAAAACCACCCUGUGACAAUCAAAAGUCUGGACCUUUUUACAAUGAUUUAUGCUGAAAUGGGAAAGAUGCAGUAUUCAGAUGCUGUCAAAAAGCUUGAUGAGCAAAUUAAAGAUGAUGUAAAGGAACCAAUUGUGAAAAAGAAAGUGAGAUUUGAAGAUGAAGAAAGCAGCACAGAUGAAGCCAGUGAAAAGGGCAAUGCUGGAGCCAAACGUAAAUCUGAUGAAACACCUAAUGAGGAGAAAUUUGCAGAAACUGAAGCAGAAGGAGAAUUGAAGCAUUCAUCAAGCAAGUUCUUGUCUAGUAAGCAAAUGGUUAUCAUUUUUCUAAUUUCAUCUUUGUUUGCAGUAAUAUCAUCAUUUGUUUAUUGUAAGUACACAGAAUAUGAAGCUUGCCCAUCAUAUGACUAUCUAUUUGAACGAGCGAAAUUCCAUUACUAUUAUUACAUCAAAUCUUUCUUCACUGAUAACAAUUACAUUUAGUUAAAUACUUUGAGAACUGGUUCAUUACCAUUUAUUUCUUUCAUUUAUGAAUAGCUGUGUUUUCUUCAUUAGUCAUUUAAUUUUGAGUGUUUUUGAACCCCAAAGCUUCUGUGUCCAAAAGCCUGCUUAUUUUCCCAGUCAGUUGAAAUUCAAUGACACAAAGUAGUGCAGACUUGACUAAAUGCUGAACACCAGAGACUCGAAUAGGCUAGGUUCAUAAGAGACUGUUUUCUAACAUGGUUCUCCAACCCUGUUUAUUAUCAAGGACUUCCACCUCAUCUAGUGUUCAAGGGGUGUUACAUCUGUCCAAUAUAAAUUAGUUUUGUCCUUGUUAACUUGUUGCUGUUGAGCCUAGACAUUUUCUACUUUGUUAUCUUUGUUGAACUUUGCGACAUUUCAAAAGUAUGCUAAGCUGCCAUCUGUAGCAUGGUUGGUUAUAACUUUAUAUUCAAAGGAGUUCGGAAGAUUAACCGCUAGAAAUAUUUGAUGGAUAUGCCUACCAGCGUAAGACUGCUUAAUAAGCUUUUUGAAGAGCAUCUAAUAAGAGGGGGAUGACAAUAAGAAUCAUCUUAAAAGGAAAUAAAUGUCCUUGAAGAUUUAGGGUACUUGGGCUGAUUGUCUCUACCUGGGUAAAAUCGAUUGUUUAGAGUGUAAAAAGUUUCUUUUUCUUUCACCAAAGUAGUUAUAGACAUGUUACAUUUAAUGGACUUUUGGUUUCUGAUUUUUUACAUAUAAUCAGUAGUGAAUUUAAUUUAUACAUGCAUGCUUGUAGAUAGAUAUUUUUUAGCUUUUCGCUUCUGUAUCAAGGAAUGUUUUCUUAAAUAAUUGUCUCAAAGUUUGCAGUCAAAA